CGCAGCCUGAAUGAGCCAUCAUCCUCUCUCAUUUCAGCAAACACAACAUGUCUAUCACCUCAGAAACUAUAUGGGCUUCCUCGCCCUCGACGAGUCGCGGCUUUCCCACGCCACUAUCUACUGAUCCUAAAGGCGAGCGGAUUGCUUAUGCUUCUAAUAAAUCCGUCUUCAUUCGCUCCAUUGACAAUCCGGCAGUGAGUAGACAGUACACUGGCCACACCGCGCAGACGACCGUCGCAAGGUUCUCGCCCUCGGGCUUCUACGUUGCAAGCGGAGACGUGAACGGUACAGUAAGAGUGUGGGAUUGUGUAGGAGAGGGCGCAACCAAAGUGUGUUCUUCAGGCGAGUACCAAAUAACUGGCGGACGUAUCAACGACAUUGCCUGGGAUGGCGAUUCUCAGCGUAUAGUUGCUGUAGGUCACGGCAAGGGUCGGUUCGGGCACUUCAUCUCAGCAGACAGCGGAAACACAGUUGGAGAAAUCUCCGGCCACAGCGCGCAAAUCAACUGCGUUGCUAUGCGCAGCCAGCGACCAUUCCGGGCAGCAACGGGCAGUGACGACAAGAACAUGGUAUUUUACCACGGUGCGCCAUUCAAAUUCAACAGCACACAAAAGGGAAAACACUCCAACUUUUUGUACGGCGUGGCUUUCAGUCCGGACGGAUCGAGCCUGGUUACCGUUGGCGCCGACAGGAAGAUUUGGCUAUACGACGGAAAGACGGGAGAAGUCAAAGCGCAGAUCGGCGAAGGCGAGCACAAGGGAAGCAUCUUUGGCGUGUCCUGGGCCCCCGACUCCAAACGCUUCGUCACCGCGAGUGCCGACCAGACGGUCAAAAUCUGGGACGCCGAGGCCGGAAAGGUGACACAAAGCUGGAGAUUUGGCCCAGAAGGCACCGUGAGCGUGCCUGACCACCAAGUCGGCGUCGUCUGGCCAUCUGGCAGAACUGACGGCCUGAUCAUCAGCUUGAACCUCGACGGCGACUUGAACUACUUGACCGAGGGCAACCCACAACCCGUCAAGGUCGUCCAGGGCCACCAAAAGGCCAUUACAGCCGCAGGGUACAAUCUCGACGCAGGACAGACCUUGUGGACAGGGAGCUACGAAGGGCGUAUCUGCAGCUGGGACCUUUCCACGGGUCUCGGAACCAAGGCCAAUGGCGAGACGCAUACGAACCAAGUCUCCGGCCUGGCCGCGACCGCAGGCAAAGACAUAUACAGUGUCGGGUGGGACGACACGUUACGCAGUCUCGAUGCAUCUUCUGGAAGCUUCACCAACGAGGCGAUCAAACUCGUCGGACAACCCAAGGGCGUUGCGACAACCACCGCCAACGGCGCGUCAUCCAAGGUGCUCGUAGCCACAUCCACCGGUGUCGAAAUCUACGACAAGAGCGGCGCCAAGCUCGGCGAAGCCCUCACGAAAUUCGAGCCCAGAAGCAUAUCAGCCAGCAACGACACCGUCGCAGUCGGAGGCGACGACGGGGUCGUCCACAUCUUUGCCCUCUCCAAGACCCUCGAGCCCAAAACCACACUCACAAACCCCUCUUCCUCCUCUUCCUCCUCCUGGAUCAGCGCCCUCACCUUCUCGCCCGACGGAUCCCUCCUUGCUGCCGGAAACGCAUCUGGCAAAAUCGUCGUCUACAAGACCGCCGACUGGUCCGUCGCUACCAACCGAUGGUCCACGCAUACCGCGCGCAUCACGUCCAUUGCGUGGAACCCGGACAGCACCUGCGCCGUCAGCGGCAGUCUCGAUACUAACGUCUUUGUGUGGAGUGUCGCGAGCCCCGAAGGCAGAGUCAAGGCCGCGAACGCGCACAAGGACGGCGUCAGUGGCGUGGCCUGGGUCGCAAAGGAUAAAGUUAUUAGCGCGGGCGCCGAUGCCGCCGUCAAGGUCUGGAAGGUCGAGGGUGUUAGGUAA